AUCUUGUUUGACCUCAUUAUACUUCCGGAUUGAUAAAGGUUGUGUACCGCACCUAAAACCAGAAGGAACUGACUUUUAUGAAGGGUAAUUUACUCUAGGCUGCAGUACUUUGAAACGGGCAGCAUUAUAUGUAAACUCAUAAUGUAAUCUCUCGAAGGUCCGCGGUUUUUUCUUUCCCAAGUGGCAUUGUCAAUGGGAGUUGCUAAUCCAGGACCAUGUGGCCAGACUCUGGUCCCCUUUUCCAUUUGAUCUUUUGGUUUUUAUUUCUGCCCACUGCUUCUUUCUCGAUGGGUACACCUCCUCCAAACUCAGUCUCUUUUUUUUCCCCUCCCGUCUUGCCAUCAUCUUCAGCUAUAAAGUCAACUGUAGUGCGAUAAAAGACUGAUAUCUUGCAUGAAAGGGUCUUGGAGUGCUUGAGAAUUUUAAAUUUUGAUUGCAAAGCUUUAAUGGAUCUAUCAACUAUUCGCUUAACUGGAUAAUUGCUAAAGGAGAAGAUAAGAAAACUUUUCAGGAGUCCAGGUCUGUGAGAGCGUAAAAGAGAGAGGCCUCUUUAUAGGUGAAAGGAUUGCCCAGGGCCACAGCGCCCAGAAUCUCAAGGAGCGCAGCAGCAGUCAUCCAUCUAGGACUGAAGAUCAGGAUGGAGAAGGAAGAUAUGAAGAUAAUCAACAGGGGUUUGGAGGAUGAGAUGGAGUUGAGCGGGUAUCGGCUGUGCCGAUGGAAGCUGGUCCUGGUCGGUUUGGGUGGUCUUUGUACAGGCGGUUUUCUUUUCCUGCUGCUCUAUUGGAUGCCUGAAUGGUGUGUGAAGGCCACCUGCACACGGACUGCUGUCAGAGACGCAGACGUCGCUCUCUUACGAAGCACUGAUGAGUUUAAACGCUGGUUUCGAGCGAGGGUUCGGAUAAUGCUGGCCCCUGGGAAGAACCCUUACGACAACCUGGCCGCUCAGACUGCCUCCCCUCAGGCCAACGACCACGCCCACAACCCCUCUGACUCCGCCUCUGAGAAAAUCACCAGGAAUCCAGGGGACCAGCAUGUGCAGAUACGUUAUUUUACCCUUCACAGUACUAAAUACUUUUGGAACGACACCAUCCACAACUUUGAAGUAUUGAAAGGCCUGGAGGAUCUGAGUAUGACCUGCUCAUCUGUUCACUCAAAGCACAGUGCCGGGCUCAACAAAAACCAGCAGGAGUACAGGAGAUUUUUUUUCGGACUGAAUGAAAUAGACGUGAAAGUGCCUUCUGUUUUCAAGCUGCUAAUUAAGGAGGUCCUCAAUCCUUUCUACAUCUUCCAGCUCUUCAGUGUUAUCCUGUGGUGUACCGAUGAAUACUAUUACUACGCAAUGGCCAUAGUCGUCAUGUCUGUCAUAUCAAUAGCUACCUCUCUCUACACUAUUCAAAAGCAAUAUGUAAUGCUACACGACAUGGUGGCAACACACAGUACUGUUCGAGUUACGGUCUGCAGGGGCGAAAACGAAACGGAGGAAGCCCUGUCCACAGACUUGGUCCCCGGUGAUGUCAUCGUUAUCCCCAGCAACGGGACCAUCAUGCCCUGUGACGCAGUGCUCAUCUGUGGAACCUGCAUUGUUAAUGAGAGCAUGCUCACAGGUGAGAGUGUUCCGGUCACCAAGACAGACCUUCCGAACCCUCAGCGGGACAAGAAGGGCGUGGAUGGUGACAUGAUCUACAGCACGGAGGAACACAAAAGACAUACGCUCUUUUGUGGCACAAACGUCAUACAGACCCGCUACUACACGGGAGAAAUGGUUAAAGCUGUGGUGGUCCGGACAGGUUUCAGCACAGCUAAAGGGCAGCUCAUCCGGUCUAUCCUGUACCCCAAACCCACAGACUUUAAGCUGUACCGGGACGCCUACCUGUUCCUGCUGUGCCUGGUGGCUGUUGCCAGCAUCGUCUUUCUCUAUUCUUUAAUCAUGAAAAUCAUAAAUCAGGAACCAGUAAAAGAUAUCAUAGUCAAGUCUCUGGACAUUAUUACCAUCACGGUGCCCCCUGCGCUGCCGGCAGCCAUGACAGCGGGCAUCGUCUAUGCUCAGCGGCGUCUCAAGAAAGUGGGGAUAUUCUCCAUCAGCCCACAAAGAAUUAACAUCUGUGGGCAGCUGAACCUGGUGUGCUUUGACAAGACAGGCACCCUCACAGAAGAUGGUCUGGACAUGUGGGGAAUUCAACGAGCAGAAGAUGGCAGAUUCCACCAUUCAGAAGAAAAAGCAGAUGAUAAGAGCUUAGUAACAACCAAGUUUGUCUCCUGCAUGGCCACCUGUCACUCCCUCACUAAGAUUGAGGGUCAGCUCUCUGGAGAUCCGCUGGACCUCAAGAUGUUCGAGGCCACAGGCUGGACCUUGGUGGAAGCCACAGAAGAGGAGACGGCUCAACACGACCGCAUUGAACUCACUUAUGUAAAACCGCCAAAUCAGCUUCUUCCGCCACCAGUGAUAUCACCUGAACAGGACAUGGAACUGUCAGAACUCGAUGAGCUCUCGGCGUCCUAUAUGAUCGGUAUUGUGCGGCAGUUCUCCUUCUCCUCCACCCUGCAAAGAAUGAGCGUGGUCGUUCGUCAGAUUGGAGAGAGGCGCAUGGACGCCUAUCUGAAAGGAGCACCAGAGGUUGUGGCUAGCCUGUGUAAGAAAGAGUCAGUACCAGAGGAUUUUGCAGAGGUUUUGGAGGACUACACCAAACAGGGCUUCCGGGUCAUCGCGCUGGCACACAGACGGCUAGAAUCCAAACUUACAUUUCACAAAGUGCAGAACAUUAACAGGGAUCAAAUAGAGAAAAAUAUGGAAUUUCUGGGUUUGAUUAUCAUGCAGAACAAGCUGAAAACAGAAACUCCAGGGGUGCUGGAAGAUCUACGACGUGCCAACAUACGCACAGUUAUGGUCACAGGUGACAACAUGCUGACGGCCAUCUCUGUGGCACGAGACUGCGGCAUGAUUCAGCCGCAAGACCGAGUCAUUAUUGCCGACGCUCUGCCCCCUAAAGACGGCCAGGCUGCCAAGAUCAACUGGCACUAUGCCGACAAACCCAGCAAACACUCGAACAAGCCCACCAAACUAGAGCAGGAGAUGGAGAUUAUUAUGGAAGAUGGGCAUUCUGAGACGAGACCUCAGGAACAGUAUCACUUUGCCAUGAGUGGAAAGUCUUUUGCUGUAAUUAUUGAGCAUUUCCAGGACCUGCUACAGAAGAUGGUGCUUCAUGGAACAGUAUAUGCAAGGAUGGCGCCUGACCAGAAAACUCAGCUUGUUGAAACAUUGGAAAGUGUAGACUAUUUUGUAGGUAUGUGUGGAGAUGGAGCAAAUGACUGUGGGGCACUGAAGAGAGCUCAUGCUGGGAUCUCCCUGUCGGAGCUGGAGGCUUCAGUGGCGUCUCCCUUCACCUCCACAACUCCCAGCAUCACCUGCGUGCCCAAUCUGAUCAGGGAGGGACGAGCGGCUCUCAUCACCUCCUUCUGUGUGUUUAAGUUCAUGGCUCUGUACAGUAUUAUUCAGUGCCUCAGUGUCGCCCUUCUUUACUCCAUUGGCAGUAACCUGGGCGACUUCCAGUUUCUCUUCAUCGACAUAGCCAUCAUUCUUCUAAUUGUCUUCACCAUGAGUUUGAACUCCGCAUGGAAGGAGCUCGUCCCCCGAAGACCUCCCUCCGGUCUCGUCUCAGGUCCUCUCCUCUUCUCAGUUCUGACCCAGAUUCUCAUUUGCCUGGGUUUCCAGAUCAUGGCCUUUCUCUUGAUCCAAAACUUCGACUGGUACUCCAAGCCAGAUUUCUACAACUGCUCUGUUCCCCAUCACCUGGACAACUCCACAGAGACCAAAGAAGAAGAAGAAGAAGAAAAAAUCAUGAUUGAUGUGAAUACCACACUCUUCUUCGUCUCCUCUUUUCAGUACCUCAUUGUUGCCGUUGUUUUCUCCAAAGGAAAACCUUUCCGCCAGCCCAGCUACAAGAACUGGCCGUUUGUUCUUUCCGCUUUAAUUCUCACCGUUUUCCUGUUUUUCAUCAUGUUUGUCCCAGUCUCUGGAAUCUAUAAAUUUUUGGAGCUCGUGUGUGUUCCUUUGAGCUGGCGUGUGGCUAUGGUGCUUAUUGUAUUGGGCAACACUUUAGUGUGUGUGUUCGUCGAGACCGUCGUGCUUGAUGUCAUCUUUUGGAAGCAUGUGUUCAGCAGAGACAAGCAGGGAAGCUAUGGCGUCUCCCCUGCAGGCCCGACACCACAGGAAGGACUAGACCUGUUUGGAUCUAAAUGCCUCUCCUGUCUGUGCUACCGACGGAGAAAAGUGCCCAAGGCUCGGUACAUGCACCUGGCCCAAGAGCUGAGCGUAGAUCCCGACUGGCCUCCCAAACCUAAGAGCACUACUGAAGCCAAACCCGCCCCUCAUCUGGACGACUGCUCCUACCAGAUCGAGGCUGUUUCCUAGCAUUUCACAAUCCGUAUUGCACGUCCAAACCACCAGGGAGUUCUCUAAACACUGUUGAAUUUAACGAUUUUGUUAAAAUAGAUACGAAAAAGACACCAAAAACAAAACCCUGCAACGGAGAGAGCUUUUAAUUACACUUCGAAGAUAUUUCAAGGAUUUGUUGUCUCUCUUCUUUGAUUUUUCUUUUGAUUCUGCUGCUCAAGAUGAUUUUUUUAAUGGGCGGGGUUCACAGGCUGGGAACUGUGGAAGCCCCGCCCACACAGGCGUGCGGUUUGUCAACACAUCACCGAUGUUCCCUUAAGACAUUGUAGACCGCAAAGUCAUUGAACUCAUUACCAAAUGUGGCUCUUCUCCAUGAACUUCACCUUUUCUCCAACAGAUAUCAAGGAGGCUCUUCACUGGAUUUCAAGCGCCGUCUUGUUAAUGUAGUCUGUAGUGCAUCAUCUCUACAGAGGCUGCAUGCUAACGCUUUGGAAACCAUCGCUGCAUGCGGAACAAACCAAACCAAACUCUAGUGGCUCACAGAAUCCAAGAUCCAGCGUUGUUUUCAGCCAGCUCGUUUUUAAAAAUAUAUCGACGUAGAUAUAUAAUUAUACUUGAUCUUUAUUUUUCAUAUCUCUUCCCAUGGAAGAAUGGAGAUGGGAUUCAGUUGUGGAAGGCCAAACAUUGUGAAAGUCGUUUGUGGUUUGUUCACUUCUCCUGGCGCAGUAUUUGGUGAUUUGGUUUGAUUUGAUCCAUCCUGAAACUUUUAACCAAUUUUGCUGAAAACCGCAUCUGAAGUCAAAUCAAAAGCACGGCAUCAACAGUAAAGAGGAAAGGGGCUUAAGUGUUCAUUGAGAAAUAUUUGGAAAAAGUACAAAUGAUAGAGCUUUAAAAGUCCUUUUUUAAAGUGAGGACAAUUUGCAAUCCAAUUCAAAGCAGGUUGCCGAUUUAAAAAAAAAUAAAUAAAUAAUAAUAAUAAUAAUAAUCUCUCAGAAUUGGCCAUUUAACAGUAUUACUUGUGCAUGACUUUGGUUUUGCUGCUAAUCUAGGAAACAAAGCAACAUUUUCCAUCCUAAAUGAAGGUUCGAAAUCUGUUGCAGAUGAUCUCUCCCCUUCUUCCAGAUGUGAUUUAUUUACAUCAUUUAUACAGUGCAGUUCAACUAUCCUCAGCUUGCAGGCUUGUCUCACUGCCUUUUUGGUAUUUGAUUUUUGAAGAAAAAAAAAACCAUGUUUUUCAUAUAAUUUUACAUGUGGUGUUUUCUGAAAAGAACCACUAAGCAAUAUCAGGUGAUCACCUUUAUUUUAUUCUUUACACUGACAGUUUGUAUUGUUGCUCAUCUGAAAAAUCCAAGCCAUUCAUAGUGCAUUUUGAAGAGUUUUGGUCAGUCAUUCUGAGGUAAGUUUCAUGCCUUUGAUUACUUUUGACAACUUUCCAUUUUAUCAAAAAAUGGGAAAUGAUUAAUAGUAAAAUUGUACUAUUAUAAAAGUAAAUAUCAAUCACAUGUCUUCUGGACAGCACUUCAUUUAAUAAUUGAACAUUAGAAUAGAAUAUUAAAGAUCUACAUGUUCUACAUGAACCUUGAAAUGAAAUCUUCUUUGAAUACGAUGGAAUGAUAUGUGCAAACAUUGAAGUUCAAACAGUCUAAUCACAGGUUUUCCUUCAUGUUUGCAUUUAUUUAUUGUUUGGUCUUCAAGUUCAUGUUGAUUUGUUUUGCUGUAUAUGGGGCAUUUUUAAUUCUUCAGUUUAAUCUGAAAAAGGGCUAAAUUUGUCUGUCUUUUUAUUGCUCCAUUUCUGCAAUACUUUGGUACUGUUUGAUGUUUGAAAUGGUAUUGAUCAUCUGGCAUAUUUGCAAUGUGUUCUUUUCAGCUGUAUUUGUCCGAUGUUGCAUCUGUAUGUUUGUUUAUAUCAUAAACACGUGUUUGCUGGGCAUUCCUUGAAUGAGGCAAAAACAGAUCACCUUGCUGUUAUUGACCUGGGUGACACUAACAAUUAUACGAUGUAUUACUUUUAUAAACAACCUUUUCAAAGCAUCUACUCGCACCAUCUACUGAGCCCGGAUGGUUAAACAAACACGCCGAUCUGUUUUUUUUUUUUUUUUUUAAACAUGUAUGUUCUUAAAUGUGAAUGCAAUGCUGAAUGCUUUUGGGAUUGGGGAAUGUUAAAUUAUUUUCUUUCUUCUUUUUUUAUUAUUUGUAUUGUUAAUGCUGAAGUAAUUAUUUUUUUUGUUUAUUUAAAUUGUUUAGUUUGUCUUGAUCUGAACUGUGUGGUGUGGCAAUCAGUUUCUCUUCCUCUAGGAGGCAGUAGGUUGCUCUAUUCGGAGAAUAUCAUUAAAUCCUCUCACAAUAACAAACCUGCACCUUAUGUACAUUUUUGUUGGUUUUGUUCACUUUUACACCUGCAGAUGAACACUGAAAUAUCUGUUAUGUCACUCUUUAAAGGGAUAGUUCACCCAAAAAUGAAACCCCUCACCCUUAAGUUGUUCAAAACAUGUAUGAAUUUCUUUGUUCUAUUGAGCACAAAAGAAGAUAUUUUGAAGAAUGUGGGUAACCGAAGAGUUGCUGGUCCCUAUUGACUUCCAUAAUACUCUGGAAGUCAAUGGGGACCAGCAACUUGGUUGAGUAAAUGAUGACAGAAUUUUCAUUUUUGUGUGUACUAUCCCUUUAAGUUCCAUAGCAAUCAUAUAUGUGCUGAAAAAUUAGUUUUCCAAAACUGGGGCCAUGUUCAUGUCAUCUGUAUGUCAUAUCUGCAGUUCUCUAGGAUACAAACGCACAGGAAAAAAAGUGUUUGAUUACUGGAGGUCAUUAAAUACACAUUGUUACUCCUUUUGCUUAAUUAAUUUUGUACCAUAUGUCAUAUUCAUUUUUGUGUGAGAACGAAGGUGUUAUCAAAAAUGAGCAAAAGUUCAGCCACUGGUUAUUUUAAAGCUGGAGUGGUUAAUUUCCUCAGGGAAAUGUGUGUAUUUGUAAUGAUUAAUGCUGAUUAAAUAAAUAUGGAAAAGUCACGUGGGUCAGUAUUCUUGGUGAUGUUCAGUAGAUAUUAUAUAAGUCCCACCACGUUUUAUUUUUGUAGAGAUGUAAAUUUGUGAUUGCCGCUUUUUUAUAUAUAUAUAUGUAAUUUAUUUUUAUUUUAUUUGCUUUAAUAAAUAUUGUAAGUUUUCCUUA